UGUGGAGCGCCGGAGCCCAACUCCCCGACCGGAUCUACUUCCAGCGGAGGAAGCGUCGGAGGCAGCGCCGCGGUCUCACAGGCCGCGCUGGGCUUUUCUCCUGAUUCCUUUUCGUCCCAGGUGGACUCCAUCCUGAGGGGCGACUACCUGACACCGAUGGGUGCCGCGGGGCCCAAGAGGCUGUGCCUGGUUUGCGGGGACUUUGCCUCCGGCUAUCACUACGGCGUGGCGUCCUGCGAGGCCUGCAAGGCCUUCUUCAAGAGGACCAUACAAGGCAACAUUGACUACAGCUGUCCCCUGGUGAGCGAGUGUGAGAUCACCAAGCGGCGGAGGAAAGCCUGUCAGGCCUGUCGCUUCCACAAAUGUCUCCAAGCCGGGAUGCUGAGGGAGGGAGUGCGCAUGGACCGGGUGCGAGGAGGUCGACAGAAGUACAAGCGGCGGAUGGAGGCGGGGCCUAUUUCUUUCCGUAAAGCUCCGUACGGUGUCACAGUCGGCAGCAGAAACAAGUUAGUCUCCCAAUUGCUGCUGACAGAGCCCGCCCCCCUCGACGCCAAUCAGGACAACUCCACCAAUGACGGCAGCCUGCGGAACCUUCUGACACUGUGUGACCUCCUGAACCGGGAGCUGCUGCUUCUGAUUGGCUGGGCCAAGCAGAUCCCAGGUUUCUCUGGGCUCUCAUUGGUCGACCAGAUGUCGCUACUGCAGAGCGGUUGGAUGGAGGCCCUGCUGGUGGGCGUGGCCUGGCGGUUGCAGGAGGCUAAGGGGGAGGAGCUUGUGUUUGCCAGAAACCUGCGGCUGGACGAGGCCGAGUGUCGAGCCGCGGGAUUGGCCGACCUGCACGAGGCGCUGCGUCACCUGACAGCCAAAUACCGGGCGGUGCACCUGAGCGCCGAGGAGGCGGUGACGCUGAAGGCCGUGGCGCUCGCUAACUCUGGUACGCAAGUACGCUACGGGUGGGGUACUUUAUACUUCUACUCGAACAGCAUGUCAGAGGUACAGAUUGUACUUUUAAUGUACUACCUCAGAGUUACAUGUUGUACUUCUUACUGUACUACUUUAUUUCAUUCACGCACACAAACCUGUUGCCAUGACAACCACUUAUUAAAACUCCCAGCUGAGGUUUGUUGUAAACAAACGUUGUUUCAUUUAGAGAAGCAGCAGCUGUGAGGCCUCCGGACUAAAGAGGUGCAUCCGAGACAGAGGCUGGUAUUGAUUUACACCGAAGGGGGGGGGGGCUUAUUGAUCCCAGGGGAGCGCUUAUUGAUAUCGAUCAGCGGACAGCAGCUAAGUGAUCUUCAAAACACGUAUUCAAAGCUUUAUGUAGCUUACCAGCAGUCAAGUAUCAUCAGCUUUAUGUAGUACACCAAUAUUAAAAGUAGUUGUAAGUUUCCUGUAAAAUAAUCACCAGCAGUAAAAAGUACACAAACCAUAUAAGUACACAGGUGGAGCUCAAUGGCUCUGAGGAAGAUGGGCGCUCCUUGUGAGUCAAUUGUUGUUGAUGCUAACGAUGCUAAUCAUGCUAAGGGGGGGUCUGCAGUGUGAUAACAGCUGAUGCAUGAUGCAUUAAAACGCUCCUGCUGAAGCAGUGCAUGAUGGGACACUUCCAGCUGAAAUCUGGUCUCUCUCCCACUGUCUGAGCCUCGGAUCAAUAAAGAGUAUUGAUAGACUCGGUUCUGGAUCGAUAAACUGCUAACUGUCUGCUGGAGGACACAGCGAGUGUG